UUUGCUCUCUCUCUUUUCUUUUUUAAUAAAACAAAAAGUCAAAAUAUCAAGAAGAGGAAGAAGAAGAAGAAGAUAACUCAUCUCUACGAAGAGAGAUCAUGGCUUCUACUUUAAGGCUCUCUAAUAGCUUCCUCAUCCUCCUACUCUUCUCUCUGUGGGUGGUGGAGGCACACACGUCAAGAAAGCUGAUAUCGAUCAAGGAACAAGAAGGUCAAGAUGUUACUCAUUUUCUCAAAGAUGGUGAGUUCGAUGAUCCUUCACUCAACGUGUAUUUCACACUCAGUGAUCUCAAGCUAGGAAACAAGUUAAGGGUUUACUUCCACAAAAAUGAUUUCCAAAGGCUUCCUCCACUUCUCACAAGAGAACAAGCUGAUCUCAUUCCUUUCACCAAGUCAAAGCUUGAUCUUCUUCUCGACCACUUCUCUAUCUCCAAAGACUCUCCUCAAGGGAAAGCCAUAAAGGCUACCUUGGGACAUUGUGAUGCUAACGAAAUCGAAGGAGAGCAUAAGUUUUGUGGCACUUCUCUAGAGUCAAUGGUUGAUCUUGUGAAGAAAACAUUGGGGUAUAACGUUGACCUCAAGGUCAUGACGACUAAAUUAAUGGCACCUACACUAAACUCGAUAAGCUACGGUGUGCAUAACUAUACAUUCGUCGAGACUCCUAAGGAACUUGUCGGGAUAAAGAUGUUGGGAUGUCAUAGAAUGCCAUACCCUUACGCUGUUUACUAUUGCCAUGGACACAAAGGUGGAAGCAGAGUCUUUGAAAUCAAUAUGGUGACGGAUGAUGGGAAACAAAAGGUUGUUGGACCAGCUAUAUGCCACAUGGACACAUCCAUGUGGGACGUGGAUCAUGUAGCUUUCAAGGUGUUGAAAAUGGAGCCGAGGUCAGGACCCGUUUGCCACUUCUUCCCUCUUGAUAACAUCGUGUGGGUAACUAAGUAAGAGAGAAUAGGCUAAUUAGGUAAUAUGUAAUGUGAGUGGAUGCAUGUGUCUUGUAAUAUCUAUGGUUUGGAAAAGUAAGAAAGAAAAAAAAGACUGCCUUGUUGGUUUUUGGUGUUGCCCUCUUUUGUGUGACUUGAAGCAACGUGACAAUGCUACAUGUAACAUAUAAUAUAAUGUUACAUAACAUGUAAUAUAUAAUACUAUAGUACUUUAUAUA